CCGUGAGCGAGCGAGUGUAUGGGCGCGUGUGUAACAUAUCGCUUCCGUCGCCUGCGCAAGAUCUUCACCGGGCAUGCCGUGUUGCACCACCGGCCGGAGAGAGCGCGUACAACCAGCCGCGUAUUCCGUAUUCCGUGGCUGGUCCGGUUUCCUUGGGCCGGGGAGGGGUGAUCCGAUCAGAGGGAGGGCCCCAAGGGGAGAGAGAGAACGGAAGGGGGGAAGAGGGUGGGAGAGCAGGAGAGCAGAAAACGAUGACGACAACGACAACGCCAACGACAACGACAACGCCAACGACAACGACAACGCCAACGACAACGACAACGCCAACGACAACCACAUCAGACAUUCCCAGAGCGCUGUGCUGCUACAACCACGGCACCAAGUUCCCGCUGGACAUACGUGCCCCAAAGUUUUUAUCUUUUUUUUCUGAUUUUUCCCUAAAACAAUAAAACAAAAGAAAUACUGAGGAGAAACGGACCGUGAAUCUAAACGCUAUGCAGCGGCAGUGCCUAAUGUAGCACAGGAGCCACAGGCCUGAUGCUGACAGAGUCGAGCCGCCGGUACGAUGCCGCUGAGCCGGUUUAUUUUUUUUU